UACUGUUACAACAAACGCUGUGAAGUUGUUGAAAACCUUCUGAUCGGCUGAGUCCGGUCGGUUAAUGUCAGAGUUUUGAAAUCCACAUAGUUUCGGGUGGGUGUUGUCAUGGGGGUGCACGGACUGUGGAGGCUGCUGGAGAGCUCAGGGAAGCCCAUCAACCCGGAGACCCUGGACGGGAAGAUCCUCGCUGUCGACAUCAGCAUAUGGCUGAACCAGGCCGUGAAGGGGGUGAGGGACCGGGACGGCAACAGCGUCCAGAACGCCCACCUCCUCACUCUCUUCCACCGCGUCUGCAAGCUGCUCUUCUUUCGCAUCCGGCCAGUCUUUGUGUUUGACGGGGACGCACCGCUGCUGAAGAGGCAGACUCUGGCUCUGAGGAGGCAGAGGAAGGAGGAGUUGAGCCGAGAGUCCAAACAGACCAAUGAGAAACUGCUCAAGACGUUCCUCAAGAGACAAGCUAUCAAAGCUGCACUUGGAGACCGCAGUCAGGAUCCUCUCCCCAGCCUCUCCACUGUGAAGAGACCUGAGGUGGACGACAUGUAUGUUCUUCCAGCCCUCCCACCUGCAGAGGAGAAGGACGAAAGCGGAUCAGAGGCCAGGCAAAGUUCAGAUGAGGAGGAAGAUAAAGAGUUGGAGGGGAGUGACAGUUAUCACAUGUAUCAGGGCGAUCUGCCUGGAGACCCCAACUCAGUGGACAUCAACUCAGAGGAGUUUGCCAUCCUGCCUCCUGAGAUGAAACACGAGAUCCUCAAAGACAUGAAGGAGUUUUCCAAACGACGCCGCACCCUGUACCAGCAACCUCCAGAGGGCUCAGGUGACUUUUCUCAGUACCAGUUGUCCGGCCUGCUGCAGAGGAACAAGCUGAACCAGCGUCUGGAGGGAGUGGAGAAAGAGAUGAACGAGCGGAGCGCCGGCAGCGCUCCACAGCUCUGCCAACAGGACGGGCAGAGUCACAGCGUGGAGGCACGUCGACUGGUUUCAGAAGACAAUUCCCACUAUAUCCUCAUUAAAGGCUCCAAAAAGAGUAAAACUGCCACAGAGAGCAAAACUGCCACAGAGAGCCAACCUGCCACUGCACCCUGGUCUGGCAGCUCCCUGACGGGCUGCAGAAGACGACCAGCCGACAGACCCGAGCCCCUGUGGCGUCCUGUUUGUGAGGGAGAGGAAGACAAGUCGAGUCCCUCCAAAGAAGACUUCAAACGCUCAGCAUCAGAACCCCCUCAGGGGGACACAUCGCCACCCUCCCCUCGCACACUCGAGGCGAUCCAGGCCGCAAUGAACGACAGCUCAGAUGAGGAGACGGUGGGACGGGGUAAGAAGGAUGGCAGCCUGUCUCCACGUACUCUGCUGGCAAUCCAAAACGUCCUGGUUGAGGAGGAAGACAGUGGAGCUGAACAGAGAAACGUAUCCGUCAACCUGCAGAAGACUAUUCAUCGUCCUGUGCCACAACUGGUGAUCAGCAGCUCAGAGGAAGAGACAGAACCCCUUGAUGUAAAGUGUUUAUUAACUAGUACUGACUCUAGGGAGAACCCGACAGGCAGAAGUCCACAUGUGAAAGAUAGCUUGUUAGUUAGUAGUUCUGAAGACGAGAUGAAGGACGUGAUUGGUCAGAGUAACAAAGCACUUCACACUGCAGUGCUGCCACAACCUCACAGGAAAGAGAUGAGGUCAGAAGAGGAGAUGAAGGCCGGAGAGCUGAAAGAGGAUGUAACGACAGGAAGUGGAGGGCAGAUAGAAAAGAAAGAUGAUUUGGUUCAAACGCACGCUGCUGCUGCUUCCAGUCAAAACACAUCAUCCAUCAAUCUUUCUGCUCAGCGGUGUGGAAAACCUCUGAGUGCAGAGACUCAGCCUGUUCUGUCAGAGCAGAGAAGAAACGUGUCCGCUGAGACUCUGGAGGAGAGUGAUGAAGAUGAUGUGAAGUCAGAGGGCGGCGAGGGGAGCGAGUCAGAAGAGAGCUUCAUGGAGGUCUCAGAAGAAGAAUUUAAAGAGGAGGAUGAAGAUGAUUCGAUUGUUGAAAUCAGAGAGAUGGAGCGUCCUGCUGACGUCCAUGAAGAUGAGACCAAGAAGAAAGAAGAACCAGAGGAAAGUUCGACAGAGGCUCAAGCUGCUGCUCUGAAAUCAGACGAGGACAAACAGAGACAGGAUGAAGAGGACGAGCGAAAAGAAACAGAGGCCAGCUCAAAUCCAGUGGUCAACGAAUGGAAUCACAUGGAUAUGGAGGAGCUGGAGGCUCUGGAGAGCUCUCUGCAGGUGGAGCAGAGCAGCCUGAGGGAGCAGAAACAGCAGCAGGAGAGGAUGGCGAACACGGUCACCGGACAGAUGUACCUGGAGAGCCAGGAGCUGCUGCGACUGUUCGGCGUGCCCUUCCUGGUGGCGCCGAUGGAGGCCGAGGCUCAGUGUGCAGAGCUCGACCGCGCCGAACAGACUCACGGGACCAUCACGGACGACUCUGAUGUGUGGCUGUUCGGAGGGCGGCACGUGUACAAAAACUUCUUCAGCCAGAACAAAUACGUGGAACAUUACCAGUGCAGUGAUCUGCAGAACCAACUGGGUCUGGACAGGACCAAGCUGAUAAACCUGGCGUACCUGCUUGGAAGUGACUACACAGAGGGCGUGCCGGGGGUCGGGUACGUGACCGGCAUGGAGAUACUGAAUGAGUUCCCAGGACCGGGGUUGGAUCCGCUAACACAGUUCAGUCAGUGGUGGUCAGAGGCUCAGGAGAAAAAGCGCCUGGUGGCUAAUCCGCGGGACACAAAGGUGAAGAAGAAGUUGAGGGAUCUAAAACUGCGGCCUGGGUUCCCAAACCCGGCGGUGGCUCAGGCGUAUCUGCAGCCCGCUGUGGACCACUCAGACGGCUCCUUCAGCUGGGGACGCCCCCAGAUCGACGUGAUUAAAGAGUUCUGUCUGAAUCGCUUUGGUUGGAGCAGUCGGAAAACAGAGGAGACUCUUCAGCCUAUGAUCAAGCAGCUCAACACGCAGCAGACUCAGCUGCGGAUCGACUCUUUCUUCCGCAUGGAGCAACAAGAAAAACAGGCGAUCCGCAGCCAGCGACUCCGGCGAGCGGUCACCUGCCUAAAGAGGAAGGAGAAGGGGGAAGGAGCGGAGGAGAGUGAGGAGGAGAUGCCUUCCCCAAUCAAAUCCAAGAGAGGGAAGGAAGCAAGCAAGAAUUCAAAGAAAGGAGGAGGAGAGAAGGAAACGGAGAGAGCCGUGGCAGGAGGAGGGUUUCUGGGGUCAGAGGUGACUGAUGAAUCUCCUCAUACGUCUCUCAAGGACGUGAGCAGCGUCAACCACGAGUCCAAGGACGUGAGCAGCGUCAACCACGAGUCCAAGGACGUGAGCAGCAUCAACCACGAGUCCAUCUCAGUAAAGUCUGUCCCUCAGUCUACUAAGACUCCACCUCGGAAGGUCAGGAGCAGCAGCAGCAGCUCUGGCGAGGACAGCGAUGGUGUUGGCGAGGUCACUAUGGUUACAGCCCGAUCUGUCUUUGAAGGCAGCGCACGAGGGCGCAACGCGAAAAACACGAGAGGGAGAGGGAAGGGAAGAGGAAAGAAAAUGCGAGGAAAAAACUGAACUUAAUAUGAACUAGAACGUCACUCGGAGCGUAUAUACCUCUGCCAAGGCCCAACAGUCCCCUUAUGAAACCACAUUUAAAUUCAAUAGAUCCAGAUUUUUGAUUGGAUCCUCACCAAAUUGCACAGCCUCAUAACUAUCAGUCGAGGUUUAUGAAUUAUUCUCUGAGAAAUCAAUGUUGGAAAAACGCACGAACUCACAAUGUUAAAGAAAUUGACUCAAAAUUCCUGGAUCCGCCACCUGAGCCAGAUCUGCACCAAUUUGAUGGAUUCUUUCCCGACCACAUCCUUCCACUAAGUUUCAUCAUAAUCUGUCUUGUAGUUUUUGCAUAAUCUUGCUAACUGACAAACGAAAAACCAAACAAGACCGAACCUCCUUAUUGGAGGUAAUGAUACCUCUGAUAUAGUAUUUGAUGUUGAUUAUGGAAAUGUGAAAGUGAAAAUGCAUCCUGUCAUUAACGGAUAUGAAUUCAGUUUUUUUUCUAUCAUAGAAAAGGUAUUUUGUAAACUGUUUGUGACUGAAAACAUUUUUUACCUGUUGUAGAUCUGUUAGAGACAAUAUUUUGUGAAUUUAUUUAAAGCGGAAUGCUUAAAAAUAUUUCCACAGUGGA